AUGGUUCGCUUAGCAGCUUAUGGUGGAUUAAGUACUCUGCUAUUUGUUACAACUAUAGCGAUUUCGUUUCUUCUAAGAAGUAAUUUCUAUGCAGCAUGCAUUUAUUUAUCAAAAUCUAGUGCUUGUAUGAUGAUCCUUAUGAACAUGGGAUUUUUCUUGACGAUUAUAUUUGGAAAAAUUCUUCAAACAAUAUUUUUUGGUCGUUUACGAGUAGUUGAAAUUGAGCAUUUAUAUGAGAGGGCAUGGUAUGCGGUAACAGAAACUUGCCUUGCAAUGACCAUAUUUAGAGAUGAAUUUGAUGCCAAAUUUGUUAUAACAUUUACCUCAUUAUUAUUCUUAAAAAUAUUUCAUUGGUUAUGUCAAGAUCGUAUGGAACAAUCACCAGCUGUGCCAGUUUCUUUUCAUGUUAGAAUGGUUUCUUUAAUGGAAACAUUAUGUGCAGUAGAUGCUUUACUUGUUUAUCAUGCUGUGGAUUUAGCAAUGAAAA